UUGCUAGAAAGGACGGAUCGCCUCCUUAUCUUGUUGCACCACGAGAGGGGGAAGCGCCGGUUUCUUUCCGCCAUGCAGGAUGAAAUUGCACUGAUGCCUGUAUCCCCCUUAGAAGAAUAUGAGACUCUGAUCACAUUCCCAACCAAGUGGGAUUUUGUCCUAGUUUGUGACAAUCACACCCCCAACAGUGAGAAGGAUUGCAUGAAAAAGAGGUUUCUGGAAGAACUGCGCGGGAAAGGGUUCAUUAUCAAGAUGAUUAAGAACGAAAAGCUCUUUUAUGGAAUUCAUGCCCCAAGUGGACUUGUCCGAAAAUACCACGGGCUUCUGAGGAAUCCUGACAAUGAAUUGGAAGACCUGUGUGUAGAGCAACUAGACGAGCAGCAGGAAAUACCCAUUUCAGUAAUAAGGAUACGUCUUGUCAGCUUUAUCCUGCAGAACACAGAAAUUUUUGGUACCAAAGAGAACUUUGAUGACCUGAAAAAGAAGAAAGUCUUUGAAACGGCAUUUCCUUUACAUGAGAAAGAAAAACUGGACAUAAGUUGGGACCAAUGUGGAGACAUCCUGUAUAAAGAGCGAAUUGAAAAAAUCAGGAUGUAUUUUGGGGAGAAAAUCGCCCUUUAUUUUGCCUGGCUGAGUUGGUACACCUGCAUCCUGUUCAUAGCUGCUGUGCCAGGCAUUGUCCUUCUUAUAUAUGGCUUCAUCAGCUUAAGUCCUGUCAGCAAAGAGAUCUGUGCAGCCAACACGACCAUCAUGUGUCCACUCUGUGACCAGAAGUGCCCGUUUUGGCAAUUGUCCGACACUUGUACAUAUUCCAAGGUCACCCAUUUGCUUGACAAUGAAGGGACAGUUGUCUUUGCAAUAUUCAUGGCUCUCUGGGCCACUGUGUUUUUGGAGCUGUGGAAGAGGAAAAGAGCUAGAGUCGUCAGUAAAUGGAAACUCUAUUUUUGGGAUGAAGAAGAGGAGGAAGUGGCCAUGGAGCUCAUCAAUAACCCAGAGCAUGGUACCGAGGAGUACCAUCACUCGUACAUGCGCAGCUUUCUUGUGCUCAUCUUAGUUCUGUUCAUGAUUUGUGUGCUGAUUGGCAUUGCCCAUGCUCUUGUCCUCUACCGGGUCAUGGUGACUGUAAUCUUUACUCAGUCCAACUCUGAAUUCUUUCAAGAACGAGCCACUACCAUGGCAGUAUUGACAGGGGCUGUCUUGCACUACUUGACCAUCAUCAUUAUGAGCAAGGUGAACAGGCAUGUAGCACUGUACCUUUGUGAGCUAGAGCAGCCAAGGACAUUCACUGAGCGUGAGAAAAACAUCACAAUCAAACUCUUCACCUUCCAGUUCUUCACCCAUUUCUCUUCUCUGAUCUACGUUGCUUUCUUCCUAGGGAGGAUUAAUGGUCGUCCAGGAAACUAUGUACGUAUUAGUGGCAAGUGGAGACUGGAAGAAUGCCAUCCUAGUGGCUGCCUCAUAGAUCUCUUUAUCCAGAUGGCUGUAAUCAUGGUGUUAAAACAAACCCUGAGCAACUUUGUGGAGUACAUGCUUCCCUAUGUUCGAUACAAGUACCGACGGCUGUGCGGAAAAAACAAAAUCAACAGCAAGGUUCAUAUGGAGGAGACAGCUCAGGACCCCUGCAAAGAGGAAUGGCUAUGGAACUAUCAGCUUAACGAAGUCAAUGUCUUCAGUUUGUUUGAUGAAUAUAUGGAGAUGAUGAUCCAAUACAGCUUCACCACUAUUUUUGUGGCUGCCUUCCCUCUUGCUCCAUUGCUGGCCUUUAUCAACAACGUCAUUGAGAUUCGGCUAGAUGCUAUAAAGAUGGUGAAAUUGCAGAGGCGUAUGGUGCCCAGGAGGGCCAACAAUAUUGGGAUCUGGUUGUAUGUCCUGGAGGCGAUCGGCAUUUUGGCUGUAAUUGGCAAUGGACUAGUGAUCGCUCUCACCUCAGACUUCGUUCCCAUGCAGGUGUACAAAUACAUAUACGGCCCAUGCGAGAAGAAGCACAGCAGUGGUGUAGACUGUUUGACAGGGUAUAUCAACCACAGCCUUUCCGUGUUUGAUGUCCAGGACUUUGAGAACCACACAGACCUAGUAGAACUUCAAGACUCCAUGGGAAAUAAGAUAACACACUGCAGGUACCGAGAUUACAGGAACAGUGAUGACUAUGGUUAUUCUAUGCAGUUUUGGCAUGUUCUUGCGGCACGUCUUGCCUUCCUUAUCUUGUUUGAACAUGUGGCUCUGUGCAUCAAAUUGAUUGCAGCCUGGUUUGUACCUGAUGUCCCCAGGAGGGUUAUGAAUUUGAAUCUGAAAGAAAAACGUAAAAAUCUGCUGAAAAGACUCAGGGAAGUGAACGACUCCACAGAUGUAUAGUGAAAUGCUGAGGAGGCAGUUGGGAUCAAGAGAAGAAAUCCUAGAACCAAGUGCCUAGCAGAAUGGUGCUAUAGGCUUUGAAGAUGCCAGUUGAAAUCUGCAGGCCUAGCUUGACAUAUGACCUAUACUGUUCUUGGACUUUUUCUCUUCACUGAAACGGAAUAAUGCAAAGAUAGCUUUGCAUGGUACAACUGCUUUGAAUAUUUCCAUGUUCCCAGGAGAAGUAAAAUGGUGAAAAUAAUGCCACAAGGCAGAAGUGGGAAUGUUUACACAGUCGAUAAAAUAACACAUUGCUGAAAGCCUAAAAACAUUUUGGUUUUGCCAAAAUUUCCGUGCUUUUCUACCAUAAGUAGUAGCACGCAGGAUCUUAGAACUGACACAUGCUGGCACCACAAUACAUCUGGCAUUUACUAUCUACAAAACUCGACACAUAACUAUCUCAAACUUACAUGUAUCAUAAGCACGACUCAUAAGCCAAUAGGAAAUUUCUUAACUCAGAUUCUCAGUUCAUAGGGGUACAUCAAUAUCUCAUUUUCAUUUUUAUUCUUUAUUUGAUGAUGUUCCUUGUUUUGGAUAGAAAUACAUUGUUUGUAUAGUGUGGAUUCCUUAAGCAUAAUCCUGAGGUGCAUGUGCACUGUUCACCUAAAGUUUAUUUUUAGAGUUUGCUUCUGGACAGUAAUCCCAACAAAGCCCCCAGACUGCUGUUUAAACCUAGAGUUCAUAGGGAAACUCUUCAAAAUAACUCCCAUAUGUGUUGCAUUUGUGCCUUUUGGAUCAACCCCCUUGAUGUUUUAAUGACAUGGCAUUUGAUAUAGGGCAGUUUUCUUGUGUAUCAGUUUGUAAAAUGAGUCCAAUUAACUACCUACCUCACUAAAUGAUGGGAGGUUCAAUUCAGAUCUCAAAAGCACUUUAAGGCCUUGUCUAUAUUAUAAACAUUUCUUGAUUUUUGUCGUUCCAAUGAGCCACUGGGGUAGAUGCUGAUAUCCAAGCUACAAGUAAAGUCCCUCAAAGGUAGCAAAUUUGCCUCACCUGACUUUUUCACAUACAAAUUGUGUCUGUAUAGAUGCAGCCACAUACAAAACUGACCAGUAUAAAAAAUAUCCUUGAAUUCUAUAUUUG